AUGGCCACUACCGAUGCACCGGCGCCAGCCUGCGCUCUUCCGGGCGAAGACAACGUCAAUCAGCGAGAGUUUUCGGGCACCGUCCGCACCGACAACAACGUGCCAUCGCGCGGCACGCUAAAAAAGACUGCCGAUUUGCCCGUACUCGACCGCGAGGGCAAAUCAUAUCCUUUCAAGAGCCUGUACGAGGACUUUACGGGCCAGACGCUCGUCGUCUUUGUCCGGCACUUUUUCUGCGGUAACUGCCAGGAGUACCUUCGCCUCCUGUCACAGGCAAUCCCGCUCGCAACGCUUUCCAAAGCACCUACGCCUUCGCGGAUCGUCGUCGUGGGCUGCGGUGAUCCGUCGCUGAUUGAUAUGUAUGUCGAGGUCGCCGAGUGCGUGUACCCCGUGUACGCGGACCCGACGCGCCGUCUCUACGACGAGUUCGGAAUGGUGUCGACACUUUCCUUGGGCCCGCCACCCGCGUACAUGAAGCACACAAACAUUUGGGCGUCCUCGUUCCGGUCGAUUGCGCAGGGCUUGCGUCAGCUCCCGCGGGGGCUGGCGCUCAAAUCGGGGAACCAUCGCCAGGUCGGCGGCGAGUUCUUGUUUCGAAAAUCGACCGCAGACGAUGCCGUGUCUGUGACAUGGUGUCACCGCAUGAAACACACGCGGGACCAUGCCGAGACAGACGAGCUGCAGGCGGUGCUCGGGUUGGAAACCACGGCAGCCGAGUCGAAAUCCGAAAAAGAGCUUGCUACACCAGUUCCAGCAGCAACCACAGCCACAAAACAAAUGGCGGCGGCAUAG